CGGAGCGGCGAAGGCCUGAGCGGUCAGAGCGGUGAUGGCGGCGGCUGUGGGGACUGCGGCAGCAGCGGUCCCGGCGCCGGCAGCCGGAGUGGAUGGCGCCUCUUCGGUGCACUGGUUCCGCAAAGGGCUGCGGCUCCACGACAACCCUGCGCUGCUGGCGGCCGUGCGCGGGGCGCGCUGCGUACGCUGCGUGUACAUCCUGGACCCUUGGUUCGCGGCCUCCUCCUCAGUGGGGAUCAACCGAUGGAGGUUCCUACUUCAGUCUCUGGAAGAUUUGGAUACAAGCUUAAGGAAACUGAACUCUCGCCUGUUUGUAGUCCGGGGACAGCCCACUGACGUUUUCCCAAGACUAUUCAAGGAAUGGGGGGUGACCCGCUUGACCUUUGAAUAUGACUCCGAACCCUUUGGGAAAGAACGGGAUGCAGCCAUCAUGAAGAUGGCCAAGGAGGCCGGUGUGGAGGUGGUGACUGAGAACUCUCAUACUCUCUAUGACCUGGACAAGAUCAUUGAGCUGAACGGGCAGAAGCCGCCCCUUACCUACAAGCGCUUUCAGGCCAUCAUCAGCCGCAUGGAGCUGCCCAAGAAGCCCGUGGGCUCUGUGACGAGCCAGCAGAUGGAGAGCUGCAGGGCUGACAUCCAGGAGAGCCACGAUGACACGUAUGGCGUGCCCUCCCUCGAGGAGCUGGGGUUCCCUACUGAAGGACUGGGCCCAGCUGUUUGGCAAGGAGGAGAGACAGAAGCUCUGGCCCGCCUGGAUAAGCAUUUGGAACGGAAGGCCUGGGUUGCCAACUACGAGAGACCCCGAAUGAACGCCAACUCCCUGCUGGCCAGCCCCACGGGCCUCAGCCCCUACCUGCGCUUCGGCUGCCUCUCGUGCCGCCUGUUCUACUACCGCCUGUGGGACCUGUAUAAGAAGGUGAAGCGGAACAGCACGCCCCCCCUCUCCCUGUUUGGGCAACUCCUGUGGCGAGAGUUCUUCUACACGGCAGCCACCAACAACCCCAGGUUUGACCGCAUGGAAGGGAACCCCAUCUGCAUCCAGAUCCCCUGGGACCGCAACCCCGAGGCCCUGGCCAAGUGGGCCGAGGGCAAGACAGGCUUCCCUUGGAUUGACGCCAUCAUGACCCAGCUGAGACAGGAGGGCUGGAUCCACCAUCUGGCCCGGCACGCCGUGGCCUGCUUCCUCACCCGCGGGGACCUCUGGGUCAGCUGGGAGAGCGGGGUCCGGGUAUUUGAUGAGCUGCUCCUGGAUGCUGAUUUUAGCGUGAAUGCGGGCAGCUGGAUGUGGCUGUCCUGCAGUGCAUUCUUCCAGCAGUUCUUUCACUGCUACUGCCCUGUGGGCUUCGGCCGCCGCACCGACCCCAGUGGAGACUACAUCAGGCGAUACCUGCCCAUAUUGAAAGGAUUUCCCUCUCGAUACAUCUAUGAGCCCUGGAAUGCCCCCGAGUCCAUUCAGAAGGCAGCCAAGUGCAUCAUUGGUGUGGACUACCCCCGGCCCAUAGUCAACCAUGCUGAGACCAGCCGGCUCAACAUUGAGCGAAUGAAGCAGAUUUACCAGCAGCUCUCCCGCUACCGGGGACUCUGUCUGCUGGCGUCUGUCCCUUCCUGUGUGGAAGACCUCAGCAACCCGGUGGCAGAGCCCAGCUCGAGCCAAACUGGGAGCAUGAGCAGUGCAGGCCCAAGACCACUACCCAGUGGCCCAGCAUCCCCCAAACGCAAGUUGGAAGCAGCCGAGGAGCCACCGGGUGAAGAACUCAGCAAACGGGCCAGGGUGGCAGAAUUGCCCGCCCCAGAGCCGCCGAGCAGGGAUGUCUGAGAGUGAAUGACAGCAGCCGCAGCACUGCAGCUCCGUGAGCGAAGCCGGGAGCCCGAGCAGCCACCGCGGGAGCAGAGCGCGGCCCGCAGAGCCGCUGACCACCGGUGGAGACGGAGCAAGCCUAUGUGCAUGUGUGUACGUGUGUGCGGAGGAAGCAGUGGUGUGCCUGUUCGCGUGUGCAUGCGUCUGUUUACGCUCUUGUGAUUCUGAACACUGCUUGGGCUGGAGGACACCUCAGCCUCCAGACACCGGGCCAGAGGUCAUGGCAGUGACUUUCAGCCAAACCUGUCCCUGGGAGCCGGCUGCCUUGUCUGAAGAGAAGAGUCGUAGGACCCUAGCUGGGAUUCUGGCAUCUGCCGCACCCCACCCCCACGCGGAGCCCUCCGUCCCUCUUUCAUCACAUCGGACUGAGGAGCAGGAAGGCAACUUUGCUGGCUUUUGUCCAGAGCAUGAGAUUCUAGAAGCAGCCAGGUCCCCGCUGAGUUCCCGCUUUAUGAUGCCGGAGGCUGGGCAGGCUGGAGGGGACAGAUGCUGUCCAGAUACAGUCACCUGGUCUGGCUUCUUUCUUAUUUUAAAAUUUCCUGCCGCUGUGUCCUCCAGAGCCUUCCUCGGGCAUCUGGGACUGAGCGUGAGGCUGUAAACAGAUCUGCAGACUUGCCACCUUCGGAGGGAGGUACACCCAGAUACCCGGCCAGUGUGCCACAGACACAGUACUGUAGACGCUGGCCCAGAAAGUGCAGCCCCCUUUCCGGGGCUGAAAACCUAAGGUUAUCAGAAUAUCGAAGGUUAUUGUCGAAUCUGAGCUUUUACUGUUCCUUCUUCAAGCUGAGAGCCAGCCUCUGCGCUCACUGUGGCGACUCAGUGCCUCUGCCAGGAAGAAGCCAGGUUCCUGGUGGGAGAAAGCCCUCUGGCCCCCUGGCCACAUCACCGUGCUGCCACUGAGGUCAGCUGACACCCAGCCAGGAAAGCCGUGCUAGCCUGUGGUCUGUAGACUUCUGGGGCCUGCCUGGGACUGGUCAGCGUCCAAGCUGCUCUGUCAGCUCUCCCAGUGGCUGGAUACCAAGGACCCCAGCAAGUGGACUCGGGCGGGAGCUGCCAGGGACAGUUGGGAAAUGUCCUAGUAGAGAUCUCAACCAGCACACCAACCCUUCCAGAAGCAGCAGGUGGGAGGUUUGACCCAGAGAAGCCAAGGCCUUGCAUUCCAGGAGUGGCCUGGCCUCCCAUCUCAACCCUCCCACUGUUGAAUGCCUGUGUGGAGAAGGACACAAUGAAAAGGACUGUGUGGUCAGCUAGAGCAAGUCUUCCUUCCACCCCGUGGCCUGCACUUGAGCCACAAAGAGUGUGUGUGUGUAACUGAGAGGCUAAUUCCUCUUUGGAUUUUUGUCCUCACAUGUAACAUUAAGCUGGCCUCUGGGCCUUUUCCUCUCUACCUCCCCUGUGACCUUUCCCAGCCUCAUAGCUGUUAACUCCCUUGGCCCUUGCCCUGUCCCUCAUUGUCCUCCUCUAUCCUUGGACCAGAACCCUGGAGUCAGGCCUCUGUUCCCUCAGCUGUCCAGCACAUUGACAGGCUUCUUCCUGAGAUGUCCUCAGGUUUUCUCAGCCAGAGAGCUGCCUUUAGAGUCCCCACAGUUGUAUGUAUGUCACCCUCACUAGAAAUGUCCCGUAAUAAUGUGGGGGAAGCAGGGCACAGGUGAUGGUGUCUAUUCAGAGCAUUGAGUUGGGGUCUUCUCUGUUCCCCUAGCCCCAGCCAGGAGGAAAGAGAAUGGGGGGCUGUUGCCAGAAGGGGAGUAGAGCAAACCUCGAAGGGCUAGUUUGAGAAAUUGAGAAUGCCAGAGGACUUGGGGCCAGAGUCAGUUUUGUUCAGCAGCACUGCCAAAUACGAGGGGGUUUCCCUUUUCCUGCCUAUUAGAUGAUGGCCCUUUUCCCUGAGGUACAAGUUGGUGAGACCACCUCCCCCUACUUCUCCAUCCCUGGCAAGCUGGCCCAUUCCCAGUGGAGUAGAGCGGUCCACUCCCAGACCUGGGAGGGGAGGGGAGGGGGCAUCCAGUGGCCCAGAGUUCCACGAUGGCUUCAUGCCUCCCCUCUUCUGACCCACGUGUCCCCGGGCUGCCACAGAAUAUUGACCCAAAUCCUAAUCCAAGGGCUGGCAUGGGGAAGAGAUGGUCGCAGGCAAAAUGCACUUUAUACAGAGAUUUUAUUACUGGGAAGGUGUGUUUCUCCCACAGUUUGUGAAUAUUCACUUGUUUCAUAAAUGUCUGAUCCUGUCUGAGCAAA